AUGGCUUCAACAAGGAUCCAGGCGCCGGAAACCCCGAAAACCGUCGCCAUCAUCGGCGCUGGUAUCUCUGGAUUGAAGGCCGCAGACAUCCUACUCGCCGCUGGCGUCAAAGUGAAGAUCUUCGAAGCUCGUGAUAGAGUCGGUGGUCGCGUGCAUCAGAUCGAAUGUGGCGGCCACCUGGUCGACGUUGGUGCCAACUGGAUCCAUGACACUGAUGGCAACCCGCUCGUAGACAUUGCCAAGCGGACGCACUCGGAGCUCUUCUGGCGACCGGGAGCGUCGGCGAUCGUAGGCUCCGAUGGGAAGACACGCAGUCCGGUCAUUACGACAUGGCUCGGCAAAUCCUUGAAUGCAAUCAUGGCACAAGCAUAUGACUUCAGUGCAAAGUAUAGCGAUGAAAUUGAUCCUGGUGAGAGCUUGAUGGACUUUGUGCAUGAGAAAGCUUGGAGUGCGUAUCGCGGUGCGCCGGACUAUCUGCAGGAUCUGCUCAAUGAGGCUGAGCGUUUUGGGUUGUUCAUUGGAGAGCGCACAUCGAGGCAGAGCCUGAAGUUUCUGACGUAUGAGGAGGGCCCUGGUGGCACGGACGCGUUCAAUGCGAGCACGUAUAGAGAGAUCCUCGGGUACAUAGCGAGCAGGGCGGUUAAGGCAGGCAUGAUCCAUCUGGAAAAAGAAGUGACCAAGAUUACCUACGAUAAGUUUGGCGAUGUCAAGGGUGUGGUAGUCACAACGGCGGAAGGAACGAAGGAGACAUUCGAUGAGGUCGUCAUUACCUGCCCACUUGGAUGGCUGAAGCAGCACCAGAAGGCGCUGUUCACUCCUUCUCUGCCAAAAGCUCUAUCAGUGGCUAUUGACAACGUUGGGUACGGCAGACUCGAGAAGCUGUAUUUGUCGUUUCCAUCAGCCUGGUGGCUGGAAAGAGACACACUACACGGCACAAUCGAUGGGCCUAAGCGACAUGCAUUCGCCACCCAUUUUCACGAUCCUCAGUAUGGAACCUAUCCUCCUGGCCUCCCAUCGAACGUAGCGAUCCUGUCACUAGCACAUCUUCCGAACCACUGUGAUCACCCCACUCUGCUGAUCUACCUAUCCGGCCCCUGUGCCACGAAGAUGGUGCGAUCAAUCGCCAGCCUGGAGCCCAACAGUGGCGAGUACAACGCGACAAUCGACGAGUUCGCUAAGCCUUAUUACUCGCGCCUUCCCAAUUAUGACUCCAACGAUCCAGCCUGCUCGCCUGCCGCCUACUUCGGGUCAACCUGGCAAGCAGAUCACCUGGCUGGCAAUGGCUCAUACAGCUUCGGCAAGGUUGGAAGUACCCAGCUCGAUAUUGAUUUGGGGACGCUGCGAGAAAGUGGUGGACUUGGCGAACGCGCUGGUGUCUGGUUUGCUGGUGAGCAUACUGCGCUACCAGAGUAUCUGGCAACGGUUACUGGAGCGUUCUUGAGUGGCAAGCGAGCUGCUGAGGACGUGUUGGCAAAGUGGUCUGCGGGAACGUAA